GAUUUAGCCCCUGCUUCAGUCGACUUGAUGGUUGUAGCCAAUCUUCUCCUUGACCCAGUAGAUGUGUAUGUAUUGCCACACACUGCUGUUCAGUACACUGUCUCCCAGCUGAAGCAAGGUCAUCUGUCUACAAUUGAUGUCCGGGGAUCACAGUAUUACUUGCAAGUGGAAGACAAUGAAGUGGCCGAGUUGAAUGAUGAUAGCAUUAGCAUCACUGCAUUGAGUUUGGGCACAACGCAGGUCAUUCUCAAGGACAAGAAUGUAGCAUCUUCAGAGCUAGUGAAGCAGCCAACUGCCACAGUUCAUGUGGUUGACCCAUCAUACCUUACUAUAUCCAUAGCUCCUCACUACAACCCUGCACUUGUUCGAGGGAGACACUAUGCUUUUAUUGUCAAUGUUUAUGACAAGCAUAACAACAAGAUCUUCUUGGCUGAUAAUAUUGUGAUAGAGACAACAAUAUCUCCAGAUUAUUUCACAGUUGAGUAUGUGUCCAAGAAUGGCUCCUAUGUAUAUGGUGUCCCAAUCAAGACUGGAAAAACUAAAGUUCAGGCUACACUCUCUGCAGUAGAGGUUGGCAGCAGCAUACUGGAGAUAACGCCACCACUUAAAACAAGUGAAGAUUUGGAGAUAUUUGACCCUUUGUCUGUUAUUCCCCCUCGCACAGUCUUGCCUUGGGAUCCAGUGACUAAACCAAUGUAUAGUGUCAAUCUUACUGCUGUCGGUGGUUCUGGAUCACUGUCAUGGAGCAGCAGCAAUGCAGAUAUUGUUGGAGUUUCUCAGACUGGAGUUUGUAAGACCAAAGCCCAGGGUUCAGUCACCAUCACAGCUGUUAUGAUGCUUAACACACAUAACAAGGAUUCUGCUGAG